AUGGAAACAAGCAAGAGCUCAGAAAAUACCUUUAAACAAAACCAAGAUUUCAAGACCGAAGGAAAAGUGCUGGAGGCCCGGAGAACCAGAGGAGGAAGAAGGAGGAGUGAGAGUGUGUCUGAUUUAGAAGCUGAGGAGACCAAAGGGUUUAUAGAUUUAGGUUUUGUUUUCACCGAAGAAGACUUGAAUUCGGAGUUGCCUGAGAUACUUCCGGGACUGCGGACGUUUCUCCACCGGGAAGAACAGAGUAAGACUGACUCUUCCGUUCCGAGACCUUACUUGUCGGAGGCAUGGGAACUUCACAGCAAUAAGAAAGAUUCAAUUGUUUUAGACUUGAGAAUGGCUAAGAUAUGUAGUGAGACGAACAUGAAGGAUUGUCUCAAAUGGUGGGCUCGUUCUGUAGCUUCUAGUCUCAAAUGA